UCACACUUUAUUAAGACCUCUAUUGACAUUGAUUGUUCCCACAUUUUAUUCGAGAAAACAACGUUGUUAUUAUUAUCGACAUGGAUUCAGUAGGGAAAAUGCAAGAAGAAGCGUUAAAGAGAAAAGAACGUCUAAAAGCACUGAAAGAAAAGAAGGAAGCCGAUAAUUCUGAGUCAAAAUUAGAAGGAGAACAGUUACCAAAACCCGUGUUCAGAAGCUACAAACCAAAAGAUGAAAGUUUGCAGGAAUCCAAACUUCCACAAGUCAAACCAUCAGACGUGACAGACAAGAUAAAAUCUCACUUGGAGGCUGCUACAGAGGAAAUGAGCAUUGAGGAAGUUGAUCUGAUAAAUUUGGCUCCAAGGAAACCUGACUGGGACCUGAAGAGAGAUGUCGCCAAGAAAUUAGAGAAGUUGGAGAGGAGAACACAGCGCGCCAUAGCAGAGCUCAUCAGGGAGCGUUUACAGGCCAGUAACGAAGAUUUAGCCCUCGCAGUAAAUGCAGCUGCCGUGGAUUCAAGGAACGACGACGAUGAUGACGAAGACUGACCAGUGACCGUAUCGUAGGAGAGAAGAGAGAUAACUCUUAUUGAAUUGUUCCAUGUUGCAAGAGAGACAACUCUAUAACCAAAACACAGUGCAAUGCCUUGAAGUCACUCUGUGGGGAAAAGUGAUUGAUAAAAGAGAAUGAAAUGAAUACAUGUACUUAAGUCUUUGUGAGUGAGUAUGUUGUGCAGUAUGAUAAUGUAGAUUUUUCCUUCACAAAGGAAACAUUCAGUAUGGCUGUUGCACCAUAUUGUCAAUUUUAUAAAAAUUGUAAUAAAACUUACUCUCAAGUUCA